AAAAAUGUUCCACAUCACACCAAUUAGCUAAUUGUUAAUUGAAUGUUUUGUUUUUAAUAAGCAUGCUAUAAAUAUGUGGAACACGUUAAUUAAGGCUCGUUCAGAAUAAUAUAAAUAAUAUUAAGACCGCUGGGAAAUAAUGGUGAUAUAAGGUAAACUAUAUAUUACAGUAAUGGGCCAGGGGGUAUAUCAUAAUUUGCAUGACGAUACCGGUGUUAAAAUUCAAAGAUGGUGAAGAUUAUAAUAGAAAUGACUUACAUUUCAUUCUCAUCUUUCAGUUACAAAUCUUAUCUCAUAUGACGAAAACGUCAAAAGUUAUCGAUACACGUGUCAAUUGCACUAUCAUAACAAAAACUUAGCUACGACCCUUCACUCACACAAUCAGGUGAAAAGCGUUUAGCCUGUAUUGACAGUCACGUGAUGUAUUAAGCUCCACCCAUUGGUCUGUAUGUGAAGGUCAUGUGACUUAGUUUGUCGUCUGCAGGGAAAGUAGGGGUGGUUUAUGUGGUAUGGUGUAUGGAAUAUUCACUUUGAAGACAAAUCAUAGUAGAGAGAUAAAGUAACCGAGUUGGCAUGAGUUCUUACUACAGUAAUAUUUUACCGGCUACCGUUAACGGUAGCAAUAUGGAGCAUCUCUAUCCUCCCGACGCAAAAAUGGAGAAUAUGUAUACGCCUGGCGGACAACAAAUGCCAUAUGAUAACUGUUCUUCAAUAUAUUCUUCAGGAUCAUAUAUGCGAUAUAGUGGUUAUAGUGACAGACAUGAUUCUAGGGGAGGGGGAGAUGUGAAACCCCAAUCCCUAUCUGUGACAAACUGUGCUCCCCAAACCUCAUCCCCACCCUACCCUGUUUAUCCGAAUGGAACAGAGAACUAUAACGUGUCACAUUUUGAUAACCGCAGUGUAGAUUGUAAAACAUCGGACUUACAAGGACAAAUGUCUAAUUAUUAUUAUCAACAACAACAAGCAAUGUCGGGCAUGCAAGAAGUUACAAAUACACCAAACGGUUAUCAUAACGCAAUGAACGGAAUGAGUCCACAAAAUAUGACAGUUUAUCCGUGGAUGAGACCAGGAACAGGGGCUGAUGUGCAUUUUGAACAGAAGAGAACCCGACAAACCUAUACACGAUACCAAACAUUAGAAUUAGAAAAAGAGUUCCAUUUUAACCGAUAUCUCACAAGGAGACGAAGAAUAGAAGUGGCGCACAUGCUCGGGCUUACAGAAAGACAAAUAAAAAUAUGGUUUCAAAAUCGACGGAUGAAAUGGAAGAAGGAAAACAAUGUUCAAAAAUUAACUGGUCCCGACAAGAGUUUAAAAGACUGUGACUUGUCCCCUAAAGACAUUGGUACCUCUUCUUUAAAUAUGGACACCCCCUCGCCUGAAGACCCCUCGGGGUAGUUAUAUUUUACAAUUGUGUGGGGGUACCAACUCCUGUCACAACGAGAGAAAAACAGGUGACCUCAGGGUAAAUUCUUGAAAAUUCUCAUAUUGUGAUUUCGUGCAUGUAGUGCAGAAAAAAUGGCUAUCUUCAUCCUCCAUUGUGUGGUAUGCCAAUUUAGCCGAUAAACCAAAAAGGGAGUCCUACAGGGUGCCGUACUAAAGUGACAAUCAUUCAGCUUGGGUGGUAAAAGUACUCGAACGGGCUUUGUGAGGUGGACCCUUUUAGUUGAUUGAAACCCACACCUCUUGGGAUUUUUUCUCAAGUGAAAAACUUACAGGGUAAACAAAAACUAAACGUAGGUCGUUGAUGAAUAUGUUGAUUUGCAUGAAACGUAGUUAUGUUACUUUACUUUUAUUUAGUUUGAGAAACUGUCGACAAAUUUGAUCAACUGGCGAAAGUGUUGCUGAACUAAAUUAUAUUCUAAUUCUAAAUGCGAGGGAAUAAGACGGACCCACAUAUAAGCCAAAACACACUUGUUAAUAUAAUAUAUUUAUAUAACAAACGAUAUGAAAAACUCAUAGAAACCUUAUAUACCUCAAUAUGGCUGGAAAUAUAAAAAAAGGAGACCUACGAAAUACACUUUCAGCAAGUUUUUUGUUUGUUUUUCUUUAUUUUGUAUUAUGUAUUGUGUCCAAAAAGUUGUAAAUUAUUAGUAUACCUCAAUUAUUAGUAUAUUUUAAGUGAUAACUAUAUUUCUAGUUUUAAGUUAUAAAGUCAUAUGGUAAUACCAUUCGUUUGCUUAUUUCUGAUUUAUUCUAUUUAAAUUAUCUGCAUGUAGGCGUAAUUCGUAACGUCUAUUCAUAGUCUUGGACUUAGGAUGUGCCGAUGCAUAUUUAUGUAUGAAUAUAUUUAGGACACUGUUUUGCUUUAGAACUAAAACCAUUUAAUAAACAUGCUAUUAUGUGAAUUUAUUGAUUGAAAAGCCCAUUAAUGUUGUUAGUUAUUAAAUCUUAAAACACAAAUUUAAUAUCGAAUAAUAUUUUAAAAAUAAGUCGCAUGCUCAAUAAAAUGUAAUUUGAUGACGAAACAAGGGCAAAAAAAUGGUUUUUACUCUAAUUUUGUUAUUAAUUUGUCAAAAAAAUAUUCAUCUUUGUUAUCAUCAUACUUCAUAAUUUCUUACGUGUAUGUUUAGUGACAAUAUAGUCUCUUAACUUAUGAUCUUACGAUGAUAUUAUUAAUGUGUUUGAAUAAAUGUGAUGUAUUCGUUAUUAAAAUGGCGUCAGAGUGUUUACAAUUUAGUCAAAAACGA